AUGGGGGGGUUCCAACCUUUCAUCCUUGCAUUUCUUGGUGUUUUGUCUCUUAUACUACUACUUCUGGUUCAUGCCCAGGAUCAAUCAGGCUUCAUAAGCAUAGAUUGUGGGUUGUUGCCAGCAAAUUCAACAUACAAGGAAAAGACAACAGGCAUAGAUUACGUCUCAGACGCCAACUUCAUAGACACUGGUAUUAGUAGGAGCAUAGCAUCUGAAUUGAUAGAUACCCUUCAACGGCAGGUAUGGACUGUCAGAAGCUUUCCUCAAGGAGUCCGGAACUGUUACACCAUUAACAUCAGAAGAGGCAUUAGAUAUUUGAUACGAGGAACCUUCUUGCAUGGGAAUUACGAUGUAGAAGGUAAUUUACCAGAAUUCGAUCUGUAUCUGGGGACAAACAUGUGGGAUACAGUCAAGGUGAGGAAUGCAUCCUUUAGUAUUAACAAGGAGGUCAUACAUGUCCCAACUCGAAACUAUAUACACGUCUGUCUCGUAAACACCGGCCUAGGGACACCAUUUAUAUCAACAAUAGUGUUCAGGCCAUUACAAAACAACUCGUACGUGACCAAAUCUGGAUCGUUGGCACUCUUUUGGCGCGCAGACACUGGUUCGACUAGCGAUUACGCAUACCGGUACCCAGACGAUGUGUAUGAUCGCCGCUGGACACCCUAUAACUCCUAUGAAUGGAAAACGUCCUCGCAGUCGCCCUAUAACUCCAUUGACUUGAAAGACUUGAGCACAGGACUUACCAUUGAUUCCCAAAGUCAGUAUGAUGACCAACCACCAUCUGUUGUCAUGAGUACUGCAAUAACCCCAAUAAAUGAGAACGAUCCCAUGGAAUUGAUCUACUGGAAACCAGACGAUCAGCAAAUCUAUAUCUACGUGUACUUUGCUGAAGUCGUAAAGCUAGAACCCAACCAGUACAGAUCAUUCAACAUUACUCUCAAUGGGGAAUACUGGCAUGGACCUAUUGUCCCUGAUUACCUGUAUACAACUAGGGUGUACAGUACAUCGCCCGUGGCUGGAGGGACGUAUAAUUUCUCGAUCGUCAAAGUGGAAAAUUCAACACUUCCACCCAUCCUAAACGCAGUUGAGAUCUAUUAUGUGAAAGAUUUCUUGCAACCAGAAACAGACCGAGCGGAUGUUGAUGCCAUCAGCAAGAUCAAAUCAACAUAUGGAAUAAAGAGAAAUUGGCAAGGAGAUCCAUGUGCCCCGAAAGUGUACUCGUGGGAAGGUCUAGAUUGUAGCUAUGAUGCUGAUAAUGCCCCCAGGAUCACAUCCUUGAACUUGUCCUCAAGUGGAUUGACCGGAGAGAUAUCUGCUGAUAUAUCAAAUCUCAUAAUGUUACAAUCUUUGGAUCUAUCAAACAAUAGCUUGAUUGGAUCAGUGCCUGGUUUUCUGUCUAAGUUACCAAACUUGAGGGUCUUAAACUUAGAACGAAACAAGCUCACAGGUUCAGUUCCACUUGAGCUAAUUGAAAGAAGAGACGAUGGUUUACUAUCAUUAAGCGUGGGAGAAAAUCCAGAUCUAUGUGGGUCCCGUUCUUGCCAAAAGAAGAAAAACAACAAUGUUAUUCCAAUAGUAGCAUCAGCUGUCGGUGGAUUGAUUGUCCUCACAUUGAUUGUCGUGGCUAUCUUUUGGGGGACUAAAAGGAGAACAAAACACGAUACGAUGGUAGAUUCUGAAUCCAACAAGCAGAAUAUCAUGUCAUUGGAGACUUUACAGCGUCAAUUUACGUACUCUGAACUACUAAGAAUUACCAACAACUUUGAGAGAAUUCUUGGAAGGGGUGGCUUCGGAACAGUUUAUCAUGGCUACAUAGAUAACACCCAAGUUGCAGUGAAGAUGCUCUCUCAUUCAUCAGUUCAAGGUUAUCAGCAGUUUCAAUCGGAGGUUAGACUUCUUAUGAGAGUCCAUCAUCGAAACUUGACUACCCUCUUUGGGUACUGCUAUGAAGGAACGAACAUGGGGCUCAUUUACGAGUACAUGGCCAACGGAGACUUGGGAGCACAUCUUUCAGAUUGGAACGCAAAAACCUUGACUUGGGAAGAUAGACUUCGAAUCGCGACGGAUGCUGCAAAAGGAUUGGAGUAUCUGCACUGUGGUUGUAAGCCACCUAUAGUCCACAGAGACGUGAAGACUACAAACAUAUUGUUGAACGAAAAUCUGCAGGCAAAACUGGCUGAUUUUGGGCUCUCCAAGAUUUUCCCUACUGAUAGUGGCGCCACUCAUGUUUCUACAGUUGUUGCUGGCACCCCUGGCUACCUUGACCCCGAGUACAACAUAACAAACAGGUUUACCGAGAAAAGUGAUGUCUAUAGCUUUGGAGUGGUUCUGCUGAAGAUAAUCACGAGUCGACCCGCUAUAGAAAGAUCUGAGGCAAGGACUCACGUAAGUGAAUUCGUGAGGUCCAUGCUUGCCAAGGGGGACAUAAAAAAUAUUGUUGAUCCCAGGUUGCAGGGAAACUUCAACAGUAAUUCUGUUUGGAAAGCCGUUGAAAUAGCAAUGGGUUGUGUAUCUCCAACUGCUACGAAAAGGCCAACCAUGAGCCAGGUAGUGGUGGACCUAAAGGAGUGUAUGGCAACUGAAUUAGCUCGGGCGAAUGAGGGCGAUUCCAAAGAAUCCAUGAAAAUGAUCAACAUGGAUCUGGGUACUGAACUCAAUCCAUUGGCAAGGUAAGCGCACUUACGCACGUACAUACAGAUUGAAA